AUGUAAAUCUCGGUAUGUGAAACGUAUACCCCUUUUCAGCUUGUCAAAGUUUUGGAUUAAAAUUUAGGCCCAAUGGAAGUAAAUUUUUCAGUACGGUGGUUCGUCGGCUGCCUGGUAAUUGUAAGUUCCUCCGGCGGACGGAGGAAUAUCCCGGGUCCGGGCUUGGCUGCGGUUCCAGCGGAUCCCAUUCCCGCUCCCCAUCAGAUAUCCCUGGCUGGCCAACCAGAGCAGCAGAGGAUCAUAAUGCCACCCAAUGGGGAUAUCGAUGACAAUGGGGAAAUUGAAGUCAUGCUGGGGUCUUUUAGCGACACCAGUGUUAAGGUGUGCAAUGCUCUCCGCUACGGACCGACAACCUACGGAGGUCAGGCCCAGUUGACCACUAGCUGGCUGGCUGGCAUCCCGACCAGCCUGUUUCUUACCCGCCUUGUCAGACUUAUGAAUCACAUAUAUUAUUCAAAAACUUACUAG